AUGGCAAGAUCCGAUGGAACCGAUUUCGAGUUCGGGUAUGCCGAGUUCAGACACGGUUCCACCAAUACUCGACCCGGGAGCCCGGAUCUAAUCCCUAGACCACACCAAGAAGUCAACUCGAACCUCCCAACGACAACAACCACUCGAAACUCAUCCAAGCUGGCAUUCGUCCGACUCAAUCGAAACAAGAACGUCUAUCGGCGUACCAACAAACAGAUCAUCAUCGAUGUAGACUCAGACUCAGACUGCUCACCACCAACUCAUCCGCAAGAUGACCAGGAUCGAAAACCAACCACAAACCAUCACCAGACACCCAUCCACCAAACCACCACCAAAACCAUCAACCAACGAUCGGCUAUCAUCUCAAUCCACUCCUCCGAUCACACCCCAUCCAUCAUCUCAAUCGACUCUGACGACUCAGAAUCAAACCAUUCCAUCAUCCAUCAGCAUCAGCAGCAGUCCCCUCCCAAGAGGAAACCCUCGAAUUCAUACAACAAUGACUCGCCCCUUCAGUUCAAUCGAAGACUCACUCGGCCAUCCAAGCCUAAUCAGUCAACUAGUAGUACAGUCCAACAACCUACUCAAACAAUCAAACCCAAACCGCGUCACAGGGCCAUCUUUGUCAGAACUUUGCCCCAUUCACCAGUCGUAUUGAUCCCUAGGAUACCAAGAAAAGUAGCAUCUCGAAAACCAGUCCUGGAGCAGUCGCCGAUACAGCUGAAAACCACCCAGUCACCUACAAUCGAUCCUCCCUCUCCUCCUCCUCCUCCUCCUCCCCCUCUGGCCGAUGUACCGACCGUUCAACCACCUAUCGCGCUGGUUCCGCGCGUAGUUCGUGGUCGAAUCUCCAUGGUCACUGGUUCCGCCAGAAGAAGUCGUUUCCUGGAUUUACUGCAAUCUCAAAAACUUCCAUCUAGUCCACAACAACCUCCUCAGACCCCUCGCCAACUUGCGAUCCCACUCUCAUCCCACAAACUCUCAAAUCACUCUCCAUUGAUCUCUCAUCAUCAAAGCAAUAGAAGCCCUUACGUCAAUCGCACGACCAAUGAUGGUAUCCAAAGCCUUUUGAAGAUUUGUAAUCAGAAUCACGUCCUCAAUUUCACGACGACGGUCGAGAAUAUUGAGAAAAAGGCAGUCUCGAAUCGAUUAUCUAACCUCCGAACAAAGACCAAAGGAAGUUGGGAAAAGAUCGGCGAGGCAACCUACUCGGAAGUUUUCUGUUGGUCGCCCAAACAGCUUGGUAAUUUGUCAGAUAGUACUAGAGGAGACAACGAUAAGAAAUCUCUGGAAUCCAAAAUCGUCAUGAAGAUCAUCCCGAUCAAAAGGAAUAAGAAGUCAUACCUCAAGACCCAAACGACUACCACUACUACUAGCGUGAUCAAUGUGAACGGAGAUGAGAGUAUGUCGGCUGAGAUGGGUAACCAAUCUUUGGAAAAUGAGUUCCCACUGGAAACUGAUUGUUUGGACGCCGAGAAGGAAAUCAAAUUGGCUCAAUUGCUCGGAUCCAAAUCAAGUGAAGGAUUCAUCGAUUUCAAAGGUUGUUUUGUCGUUUCGGGUGAAUACCCCCGAGUCUUGUUAAGUGAAUGGGAUAAAUAUCGACGAAAGUUUCCAAAACAAGCUGAAAACCCGAGGCCAGGAAAAUUUUCGGUCACUCAGCUGUAUUGUUGCCUACUCUUUGCGCAUGCAGGUAGAGACCUUGAGGCUUCAAGUUUGAAUGGAUGGCAACAAGCUGCUAGCAUACUUGAACAAGUUGCUCGCGCUCUAAAUCAGGUCGAGGAUGAAUAUGAAUUUGAACAUCGAGAUUUGCACUGGGGAAACUUGCUGAUUCACUCAGUGAACCCCCCUCUUUUACAACAACCACCGCGCCAAGCAAAUCCGAUUUCGAACCCGAAAAAAAGUCGAGUGAAGAUCUCAGAGGAGGAUGUGAACGAAUUAACAAACUCGAUGGAUGGGAUCGGCUUAGAUAAACCACCAACAGCUAUUACGGACCCGUUGAGAGCAGAGAUGAGUGGUGUGGGAGUCUCGAUCAUUGAUUACGGCUUGUCGAGAGCAAAGAUCGUCCACAAGAAGACUGGCAAAAAUACUUACCCUGCAAAGACUAAGAGAGCUGCUGGUGACCACAAGGAUCAUGAGAUCCUUUGGACUGAUCCGGAUCUCGAUAUCUUUGGCGCGUCGGGUAGCGAUUAUCAAUUCGAUUGUUAUGAUUUAAUCAAUCUUACUCGGGAAAACAAGCCUUGGUCGGAGUUCAAUCCUAUCAGUAAUGUGAUUUGGCUGCAUUAUUUGACAAAGAAACUACUGGAAGAGAAGUCAAUUGCUAGACCGGAGUCUAUAGAUGCCACGACAAGCACUCAGAAAGAGCGACGGAAAACGACAACGACGCGGGCGAGAAGAACAACAGCAACAGCUAACCAGAAGACGAAAGGCAAGAAUGGACGAUAUAGCAGUCAUCCAUCGAACAAAGCUCUAGAUGGAAGUGAGGAUGAACAUCCGGAUGAAGAGGAAGAGAAGAAAAGAGGAGAACAGAAAUCGAGAAUCGAAGGUGAAUGUUACGAAUUACUUGUCGCUUCGCAACGGUUCUUGCACGACCUCAUCCAGCUCAAAGUCGAGCGGAUUCAUCAACGUUCUGAUCGAGACUCGGAGUCUCAAUCUAAGGUCGGCCAGGAAUCGAGGCAGAAAGCUAAGACGAUUCGCACGGAUCCUGUGGCCUCUUCGGUGAACAACCAUUCUGUGGCAGACCAUCAAGCAACCGAAAACGUGGCCUUGGUUCGCGAACUCUUGGAUCCUUCCUAUCCUUCUCAACCAGUCUUGAACAACAGCAACAACCCGGUCAAGCAUCCGCUUCUCGAAGAGGAUCGGAUCCUCAUGGACACUAUCGACCAGAGAUCUUUGCUCGUUAAUCCCAGCCUGUUGGAUCAGCUGGAUUCCUUCUCGCUUAAGAAAAAGAAAAAUCAAGCCAAAAACGCCGUCAUGUCGUCCCUUACUUCCCUCUUUUUGGACUGGUUUCUUGCUUAUAAAACUUGCGCUCUUUCUUGAGCUUAUGUCUAUAUAUAUAUUUAUUGAUUUAUUUAUGUAGUCUUCUGUAAGCGACUAAUUGCUCUUUUUUGACUUUAUUGGGUCACUUAUUUUUCCAAUUAUAUCCCGUUUUUUUCUUUUAUUGUUGUUGUUGUUGGAUUUUUUUUUGUAGGCGGGUUACUUAUAGGGGGUCGAAUUUUUUUUAGCCAGCUGAGGGUUCGCUGUGAGGUUUGGGGCCAUGGUUUGUGCUUUCUAAAGCACUUUUUUAUACGCUCUCAAGUUAACGGAAAAAUCCAGAGUGUAAUUCUCAGUAA